AUGUCAUCUUUGCCUGUUUGGAAUGAUAUUUACCCAGUAAUGGAAUCUCGUUGUCACGACUCCUUAGUCGCACAGCGUAUUCCAUUCCUGGAAUCUUUACACUCAUUAAUUAAAAGUGAAACACUAGAAAUCUCACAACUAGGCUUUAUCUCCGCUAUUUUAUUAAAAACAUUUACUGUUUAUUGUGACACUGAAUCCAAGAAAAUUGUUAAAGAAAUAUUCAAGGAUAUUUUAUCGUUAGAACCUCAAUUAUUAGAAAAAUAUGUUCAAUUUAUCUUACUCCAAACUAAUAAAAACGUUGGAUCUAGAGCAAUAGUGGAUUAUACAAAUUUAUUAGAAUGGGUGAACCUUUUUAUAGAAUUCAUUUCCCAUGAUAAAGAACAAUUUGAAAAAUAUGCUCCAAAGCUUUUAGAAGCACUUUGUUAUGUUGGCACAUGUAUUGAAUCUUUUUUGGCUGCAAAUGAACCUGACAAAAAAAAUAUUACUGAAAAAAAUCAACAUUCUGUUAGAUUAUACAAAUAUCUUCUUCAAUCUACCAAAAAAACCUUUGUUCAAUGCCUUACAUCGACAGAAUAUUCUGUAAGCUAUGUUAAUGACAUUGCAAGAUCCGUUUUGGAUGAAUAUGUUAAAAAUAAACUACCAAUUACUGGUAUUGUAAUAGUAAUGGGUGCGUUAACUUCUGCUAUUUUGCAGUUGUCACAAUCCCACCCUGCCUUAUACAAUUUAUUAAAGGAGAAUUAUUGUGAAAAAUAUUGUAAAUUUAUCGCUAAAGAAGUUAUUUUAAGUAAAACACCACCAUCCACAUUCUGUCAGAAGUUGUUUUUGUCCCCAUUUAUUAAUGAGUUCCUUACUGAAGAUACUUUUAAGAGUGAAAUCUUACCCAAUAUUGAAAAGGCUAAUUUAAGAUCUCCUGAAUUAGGGUUUGCAAUCACAAAUGAAUUCUACUCAGCUAUUGAUUCUCGAAAGGUAGAUUUACUGAAUAUUUUUGUUACUUCUAAAUUAAUUGCCCAAACUUUUUCCUCCUUAAAAAGCUCAAAAGAAACAGUAAGGAAAAUUACACUUGAAUCCUUAUAUACUUUAUUAUCCACCAUUUGUAGUGAAACCACAAAAGUAGAAGACCUAUCAAAGUUUGUUGGUGAAGUCUUUAAAAAUAUCAAAUCAAAUUUGAAUGCUGAUUAUAAAGCUCUUGCAUCUAAAAUUUUAUUUCAAAUACCCAAAUUUUCUACUGACGCAUCUGAAAAAAUUGCUUUAAAUUUAUCCAAUUAUAUCUUAAAGGAGUCUAAUGAAAAUGCGCUAAUGUUAAUGCUAGAUGCAUUUUAUGCACACUACUUUUCUUUACAGAAAAGUUCACCUGAAAUCAACAAAACUAUUGAAAGUGGUUUUAAAGAAAAGAAGCUUAUUAUAAGAAAAUUAUGGUUAAUUGGUUAUUUAAAAAACAUUGAACAUGCAUGCUCAGAAUUAUUAGAAAACUUUGAAAAUCAAUGUUUUGAGUUUUUCACUGAAGUUUUAAAUAAUGAAAACAAACACGAGCACAAAAGUUUAUUAGCAUCAAUGGAAUAUUUAAAUAAAGAAUACACAAGAAUUCCAGACAAAUUUAAUUUAGUUGUCAACGAUAUCCCAAAUAAGGCUUUUUUAGGUGAUCUUUUGGUAAAUACUACGAUUUCUACAUCCCUAACAGUGAGUGAUCGUUUACGUGCUGCUGAUCUUUUGAAUCAUUUAUUCAAAAAGAAUCCAUUAACAUUUGGUUUGUCUGUCAUUAAAAGUUUAGAAAAGAAAAUCCAAACGGUUUCUACACAUGAAGAUGAAAAAAUAUCCUUUAGAUAUAUCACACCUAUUUUCAAAGCCAUUUCUCAACCAAUCGAAGAUAAAGAAUCCUCAAUAAAAGUAUUAGUUGAAUCAGUCGUUGUUUGCCAAUACCCAUUCCAACUAAAGAAUGGAUGGGCUGGCUUAGUGUUAAAUGCUAAACUUGAUCCUUCAUUAAUAGUUUCUGAAAACCGUGAGACAUUUAUGGAAAACAUAGAUGAUAUCACGAAGUCUGCUAAUUUAGUAAAUAAGGAAUAUUAUAGAUGUGCACUAAAUGCGGCCGCCUAUUUAGCAUUUAUUAAUCCUUUUGUCAUCACACCAUGUUUAAUCAAAUUACUAGAAACUGAUUUAGAUCUCGAACCGUUAACUAAGAUCUCUGAUGAAGAUAUAAUGAUAUGGAAAGGUGAAGAAGGUACUAUGGUGGUUGAUGUUCUUGAAAAGGGAAUGGCCAAGAAGAUAUCCCAUAAAAAUAGUAAGGAUUAUGAAACACUAAAAUGGGAACAAGAUGUGAGAAAAAUGCAAGCCAAGAAAAAUACAGUCAAAUACACAAAAGAAGAACAGUUACUUGUCAAUCAACAAUUAGAAAAGGAAUCUCAAAUAAGGUCCAAUAUUUGGUCUAUAGUUUCUCAUCUUAUUCGUAGUAUGGAACUUAUUCAGAAAUUAAGUGCCGAUGCUACCUUAGUGGAUAAUGGUGUCCAUAAGUGGUAUCCUAUAGCUGUAUCAAAAUUACUACAACUUGCUAAGAUUUCUAACACUUCAAAAAUUAUUGAUGAUAUGGUUAUUACCACCUUCUUAAAAUUGUCUGAAAAUGCCUCUGAAAGAUUAGGCACAUUCAAAUUAUUUAUUGGUUUAUCAAUUCUUCGUGUAAACAACAUCAAUAAUAUUCCCGAAAACUAUGUUGAAGAACCACUUGAAGAACUUCUAUCAAGAGUAUUAUUCAAAAUUAAGUUUGUUUCAAAUCAACAACCAUUAGAUCCUAUCACACUGACCUAUUUAUUACCAUUAUUAAUCAAUGUGCUAGAAGAAGGAAGAAAUGUUGCCUUGAAGAAUGCCAACAAACCCGUUCUAAAAACUGAGUUUGUUGAAGAAGACAAAGAAGAAGAACACCUGCUUCUUGCCAUGGAUAUUAUAUCUGCUCAUUCAUCUGUUUUUGAAGAUCCUUCGAUUCCAAGGGUAUCUAUCAUUGAUGUGUUAUUGUCAUUAUUAACAUUGGCUUCUAAGGCUAAAAUGGCUAAAGAAUGUUUCAAUGCACUUUGUCAAAGUAUUUCCGUAGCUCCAACCAAUUUUGAUCUUAAUAUUAUCCUUUCAAAGUUGUUAUCACCGAAUUCUUUCGUCCGUUCAACUAUUUUGGAAGCAUUAGAUAAUGAGUUCGAACUGGAACCUUUCAUGAAAUGGUCUACUGAAGUGUUUAUUUGUAGAUUUGAAUCUGAUGAAGCUAACCGUGAAUUAGCAGAUUUCCUUUGGGAAUUUAAUAAAUUUGUCAUAAACAAGGAUUUAAUGGAUUCACUUCUAUCACACUUCAAUCAAGAAGAUAGUGGGCUUCGUCUAUUCACUGCUAGAGCUUAUGCUGCUGGUGCAUUUGCUUUAGAAAAAGAGCAACCAGGCUCAUUACACACAUUUACCAAGAAAUUAUUAGCUUUUUACCAAGAAAAAGCUAAGCCAUUAGAAGACAUCAUUGAUGAAUUUGGUUUAGUGGUAGUUACUGCUGCAGAACGUAAGGACCCAUGGCAAGAACGUAGUACCUCUGCAAUUGCAUUAAAAGAACUAGCUGCUGGAUUCACUGAUGAUUCUGAUGAUGUUGUGAGUGUGAUUAAAUUCCUUGUUGAAGAUGGUGCUCUAGGUGACAUCAACUCAUUAGUUUGUCAAGAAAUAAAGGAAGCUGGUAUUGAAAUUAUUGCUAAAUAUGGAUCUAAGAAUUCCGAGAAAUUAAUUCCAAUCUUUGAAGAAUCUUUAAAAUCUGGCACAUCAAUUACUAUUAAAGAAAACGUCAGUAUUCUUUAUGGUACAUUAGCUAGAUACUUAAAAAACAACAAUCCAAGAAUUUCUAUCAUAGUAGAGCGUUUAUUGGCCACUUUAGAUACACCUUCUUCUGAUGUUCAACAAGCUAUUGGAGAAUGUAUUGCUCCGUUGGUAUUUCAAUUUAAAGAUAAGGUCCAAGACUACAUCAAUAAUUUAAUGGGUAAAUUAUUAGACCCUGCUGUUCCAACAGCUCUUCGUAAAGGUGCGGCAUGGGGUAUAGCUGGCUUAGUCAAAGGUUAUGGUAUUUCUGCAUUAUCAGAGUUUGAUAUCAUUAGAAACACAAUCGAAGCUUCAGAAGAUAAGAGGGAGGCAAAACGCCGUGAAUCUGUCGCAUUCUUAUAUGAGUACUUUUCCAUCUCAUUAAAGAGGUUCUUUGAACCAUAUGUUAUUGAGAUACUUCCAAAUAUCUUAAAAAAUCUAGGUGAUUCCGUUCCUGAAGUCCGUAAUGCCACUGCUGAGGCUACUAAAGCUAUUAUGUCAAAUACAACUAGUUUUGGUGUCAGUAAAUUGAUACCUGUAGCUAUCUCCAAUUUGGAUGAGAUAUCAUGGAGAACUAAGAGGGGAUCUGUUGAACUUUUAGGAAAUAUGGCAUACUUGGAUCCUGCUCAAUUAUCUGCUUCUUUGUCAACUAUUGUCCCACAGAUCGUCGGUGUUUUAAACGAUUCUCACAAGGAAGUUCGUAAAGCCGCUGAUGAGUCAUUAAAUCGUUUCGGUGAAGUUAUCAGAAACCCUGAAAUCCAGCAACUAGUUCCUGUUUUAAUUAAGGCUAUUGGUGAUCCAACAAAAUACACAGAAGAUGCCUUAGAUGCUUUAAUUCAAACACAAUUCGUCCACUAUAUUGAUGGUCCAUCUCUUGCUUUAAUUAUUCAUGUUAUCCAUCGUGGUAUGCAUGACAGAUCUGCCAAUACUAAGAGAAAAGCUUGUAAAAUCGUUGGGAAUAUGGCCAUUUUAGUUGAUACAAAAGACUUAAUUCCAUAUUUGCAACAAUUAAUUGAAGAAGUUGAAAUAGCAAUGGUUGACCCAGUUCCAAAUACCAGAGCAACUGCAGCACGUGCCUUAGGUGCAUUGGUGGAAAGACUGGGUGAAGAGCAAUUCCCAGAUUUAAUUCCACGUUUAUUAGACACCUUAAAAGACGAAAGUAAAUCAGGUGAUUGUUUGGGUUCUGCUCAAGCACUUGCUGAAGUUAUCAGUGGAUUAGGUAUUGAUAAAUUAGAAGAGUUACUUCCAACUAUUUUGGAUGGUGUGUCAAGUAGCCGUACUUAUAUCAAGGAGGGUUUUAUGCCAUUGUUAUUGUUUAUUCCUAUUUGUUUUGGUGCUCAAUUUGCUCCAUACAUAAAUCAAAUUAUUCAACCUAUCUUGGCUGGUUUGGCUGAUGUAAAUGAAGACAUUCAACAAAAUGCUUUGAAGGCUGGUAAAUUAAUUGUAAAAAAUUAUGCAACAAAGGCUAUCGAUUUACUAUUACCUGAAUUAGAAAGAGGUAUGUUCGACGAAAAUGAACGUAUCCGUUUAUCUUCUGUCCAACUAACUGGGGAAUUAUUAUUCCAAGUUACUGGUAUAUCCUCUAAAAACUCAUUCAACGAGGAAGAAAGUGAAUAUCAUGGUGAAAUUUCAAACAAGAUUGUGGACAUUUUAGGUAAAGAACGUCGUGACAGAGUCUUAGCUGCAUUAUUUGUUUGUAGAAACGAUACAUCAGGUAUUGUGCGUGCCUCAACUGUUGAUAUUUGGAAGGCACUAGUUCCAAAUACUCCACGUACUGUUAAGGAGGUUCUUCCAACAUUAACGGGUAUUAUCGUUACGAAUUUGGCUUCUUCAUCUGAAGUCUUACGUAAUAUUGCUGCUCAAGCCUUAGGUGAUAUGGUUCGUCGUGUUGGUGGAAAUGCAUUAUCUCAAUUAUUACCAACUUUAGAAGCAUCACUUCAAGAAUCUAUUAAUCCAGAUUCUAGACAAGGUGUCUGUAUUGCUUUGCACGAAUUAAUUGAAUCAGCUCAUGUAGAAUCUUUAGUGGAAUUCCAAUCAUUAAUUGUUAGUAUUAUUCGUCAAACUUUAACAGACAAUGAUGAAUCUGUAAGACAGGCUGCUGCUUCUGCUUUUGAUGUCUAUCAAAGUGUUACUGGUAAGAUAGCUAUUGAUGAAAUUAUUCCUUAUUUAUUACAUUUGUUGGAAUCUUCUGACAAUGGUGAAUUUGCUCUAUUAGGUUUACAGGAAAUUAUGUCCACAAAAUCAGAAGUGAUUUUCCCAAUUUUAAUUCCAACACUAUUAGCACCACCUAUUGAUUCAUUCAGAGCCUCUGCACUUGGCUCUUUGGCAGAAGUAGCUGGUACCGCCCUGUAUAAGCGUUUAUCGACCAUUAUCAAUGCGCUUGUUGAAAGUUUAGUUUCUACCGAAUCCUCCCAAGAAUCUGACUCCUUAAAGACUGCAUUGGAUAAAAUAUUACUGUCUGUUACUGAUGAGGACGGUUUACAUCCUUUAUUACAACAAAUAAUGUCCUUAGUUAAAAAUGAUGACGUGGAAAAACGUGUUGUUAUCUUGGAACGUCUUCCAAAUUUCUUUCAAAGUACAGUUUUGGAUAUUGACAUGUAUAUUCCAGAUUUUGUUUCCCAUUCUAUAUUAUGUUUGGAUGAUGAUAACCCUAGAAUUAUGAAAUCCACCUUUGCUGCUUUAUCUGUUUUGAUCCAAAAGGUGGAUAAACCAAUGUUGGAGAAGUUAAUUAUUCCAGCCAAACAGAGUCUUCAACUUGUUGGUACUCAAGGUCAAGACUUAGCAGCAUUCAGUCUUCCAAAGGGUCCAAACUGUGUUUUACCAAUCUUUUUGCAUGGUUUGAUGUAUGGUUCCAGUGAUGAGCGUGAAGCUUCCGCCUUAGCCAUUGCUGAUAUUGUCUCUAAGACUCCAGCAGCAAACUUGAAACCAUACGUUAGUGUCAUUACUGGUCCAUUGAUUCGUGUUGUUGGUGAAAGAUUCAAUAGUGACAUCAAAGCAGCUAUCUUAUAUGCCUUAAAUAUUUUAUUUGUCAAGAUCCCACAAUUUUUAAGACCCUUUAUUCCACAGUUACAAAGAACUUUUGUCAAAUCUUUAAGUGAUGCUUCUAAUGAAACAUUAAGAUUACGUGCUGCUAAGGCGCUUGGUACUUUAAUUGAGUAUCAACCUCGUGUCGAUCCAUUGGUUAAUGAAUUAGUCAAUGGUGCCAAACAGACAGAAGAUGAGGGUGUUAAGACUGCUAUGUUAAAGGCCUUAUUGGAAGUAGUUACAAAAGCUGGCUCUAAAUUAACUGAAGCUUCCAAAACUAAUAUUAUUAACCUUGUUGAAGAACAAAUGUUAUCAAGUAAUGAUAAAUUAGCCAUUGCAUAUGCUAAACUAAUUGGUUCGUUAUCUGAAAUUCUAUCUUCUGAUGAGGCUCGCAAGAUCCUACAAGAGAAGGUAUUAUCUGUCCCAUUAGAUGGUAAAUCUGGUAAAUUUGCAAUUUUAGUUUUGAAUUCAUUCUUAAAAGAUGCACCAAAUCAUAUUUUCCAAGAAGAUUUACUCCAACAAUUUGUCAAUUAUAUAUUAAGUGCUAUCAAUUCACCUGAUAUUGAAUUAAGUGAACAUGGUGUAAUUGCUGCAGGUAAGUUACUGUUAUUAAUUGGUGAAUCUAAAUCACCAUAUUCGAAGGUUAAAAAUGAAAGUAAAUUUGGGUUAAAUGAAGAACAAAUCAAAAAGAUCAUUGACACCUUAUCUGUUGCUACAUUGAAACCUGUUAGUAACUCUAAUGAUGUGAGAAGACUCUCUUUGGUUGUGAUUAGAACAACAGCAAGGUAUAAAUUGAAUGAAUGUAUAAAGCCAUACCUUGAUACAUUAGGUUUAUCUGUGUUUUCAUGUUUACGUGAUCCUAUAAUUCCAAUCAAGUUGGCAGCUGAAAAAGCAUACUUAGCUAUUUUCCAAUUGAUUGAAGAUAUUGAUAUGAAAGAAUUUACAGAAUGGUUCAACAAGAUAUCCGAUGGCAAAACAAGUCUUGAUAACAUCGUAGGGACUAUAGUUCAAGUCAGAUCUAUAGGUGAUUACACAAAAAGAGUUGGUAAAAGAUUAGCCAAUGUUGAAAGAGAGAGGAUUGCUGCCGGUGGUGAUGCAGAGGCUAUGUACAGUGACAGAUUCGAAGAUGAAAAUGAAAUCUGGGCAGUUGGCAAUGUAGAAAUAAAAUCUGAUCUUUAG